AUGCGCAUCAGUGCAACCGGCAACCUGGAACCGCUCAUUGACGUAGAGAUAAAAUCUAAUGUUGAAGGCGAAAUCGUUAGACUCCACGUUAAAAACGGCGACAAGGUUGAAAAAGACCAAGUAUUGCUGGAACUCGAUCCGGAACUCUAUCAAGAGGGGAAAAAACAGGCGGAAGCGGAUGUCGCGACUGCCAAAGCGCAAGUCAGGCAAGCAGAACUCAACAUUGAACUCAAAAAUGAACGGCUUGACAGUGGACUCACGCAGUCUGACGCAGAUUUGAAAAUCUCUCAAGCGAACGUUGAGACCAUCCAGGCCACAACUAUCACACAAGUCAGCCAAGCAGAAACAAAUAUCCAAACAACCAAGAACUCGCUUCAACAGGAUAACAUUGCCCUUGAACAAGCCAAGAUUACGCUCGAACAGGGAAAAAUUACCUUAUCUGAACAUGAGGCAUCGCUCACAUCAGCGAAGGUCUCCUUGGAUAACGCGAAAUCAGAACUUGAGCGGAAUAAGGAACUCUUUGAUAAGGGAUUAGUUUCCAAAAAGGCAUUGGAAGACGCGCAAGCGCAGCACUCCAACGCAGAAGUACAAUAUGGAAAUGCCCAGAAACGGGUGGACUCACAAAAACAGACGAUCGAUUCGCAAAGACGAACGAUAAGUGCGCGCGAAACCUCCAUUGUAACACGUGAGGGAAUAUUGGCAAACGAGGAACUGAACCUUGAAAACCUGAAAAGACAGCGGCAGAUAGCAGAGGAAGAGGCACAACUUCGUGUCGACAAUUCCAAAACUCGGUUACAGGAACUGAUAUCGACUUUCGACAAUGAGAAAUUGUUGACCCAACAAUCCAGAGUGAGUGCUGAAGCAAACAAACUUCGGAGGGAAAGUAGUCUGAAAAAUGAAGCAGAACGGCUUGAUUGGACCACAAUCAGGGCACCGAUGGCUGGACUCGUCACACUCCUUGAAUUAGAAGAGGGGGAAAUUGUGACUUCUGGACGUUCUGCAUUCUCGCAAAGCCCACCCAUUAUGACUAUUGUUGAUCCUUCCAAAAUGGUCGUCAAAACCUUCAUCAACGAAGUCGAUAUGGAACGCCUCCGUCUCAACCAGGGCGCAAAAAUCAAGGUGGAUGCCUACCAAGCAAAAAUAUACGACGGAACAGUCUAUGAAAUUUCACCCAGCGGGCAGGAACAGGAUAAUAUCAUCUCAUUUGAGGUGAUGAUAGAAGUCAGUGGCUCCCCGGAGGAACUCCGUCCCGGCAUGAGCGCAGAUGUCGACAUCAUUACCCAUGAAGAAAAGGAUGUCCUGCUGCUACCGAUUGACGCGCUUAUAAACGUACCUUCGGCGAUUGUCACCGCGCAAGUUGAUGAUACUGGACCCUACAAGGCGAAUCAACCGAUUGAAGUCCAGACUAUCAGUGGGAAAAUUUUCAGGGGGGCUGUGACAAACGUUGGUUCCAACGAUGUCACUAUUAGCCUCGAUGGUUCACAACGCGGUAUUCUCCCUGGUCCAACAACGCUGUCUCUUUUGGUAAAAGGGAAAAAGAAAGCAGACGGUGUGCGUGCCACAAUUAAUGUGUCGAAGGGAAAAUUCGUUAUGCUUAAUGACGGUGGUGGCGGCAAAGGAAAACGCACAGAGGUCGAAACCGGCAUGCAGAACGAAACACACGCGAUUAUCAAAAGCGGACUCAAGGCAAGUGACCGCGUUGUUCUACAACAACGAAAACCGCCACCAGGUGGAUUCGGACAAUAA